UGGUCAUGUUUUUUUUCUGGGGAUUAAGAAAUGUCAGCAAGCUAAAAGGAGUCUACAACAAUAUUUUGGUAUGGUAGCCACAUCUUGACAUCAAUGUGGUUAGGUCAAGGAAUUUGAACCUGCAUGAUGCAAAAUGAUCCAAACUUUGCUGAUUGAUUUUAAUAAAAAAAAUUGUGAUGAUAGUCAGAUUGAAUCGCAUCAAUUUAACUAGGGAUUCCUAAGAAAUUAAUAUCUGGAAGAGGUUUCCAAAGUGAGCCAGUCAUUCUAAAUCCAAACUGAAAUGAAGUUGCAAGAGGAAAAUGUCGGUCAAAUGUAUCUUGCCUGUCUGAGCCUUUACAUAAGAAUUCUUGGCAAGCUUAUGAAAUAAUCUUUCAUAAUAACAGACUUUAAACACUAACAGUAAAAUGAACUGCCAAGACCUGUAGUGGAAAGUUUGCUCCUGACCUCCACCUGUAAUGAAAUUAACCACCUGCAGAGGAAAUUGCAAAGGCAAACUUGUUUGGAGGUAAAGUGUGCACAUAAGCGUCUGCUAAUGAGGACUGGAUAAAGUUGGGACACUAGCGAACGCCAUCAGUGCAUGGGAAAGGGUUUUCUACAAAGCUAGCUGAUAUUGCUGUCCUUACAGGAUAAAAAGGUCUGUGCCAAAAUCCACUCCACUUUAUUACUUCUAUGAAAUGAUUUUACUCUGCACAAGUCUUUGUGCUUAUUUUAUGCAUGUUAUUUUUUUGCUUGUGGGCGAGUACCGUUUUCAGCUGACUCUGGGGGAGACAUGGUGCUCCAAUUACUCUGUUUUGUUUGUUUUCACAGAGCUGAAAUAAUAUGCAAAGCCUUGAGGUGAAUUGCGGUAUUGGGGUUAAGAAAAUUGACUCAGCAAACCACCCGCCUUCAGGCUUUGCUGACAAAUGAGAGGGCACAUUUUUAAGAUGCAAAAAAGGGCAUUAUUCACAGGCACUGCUGCCAUUGUUUAUCUAAUCAUUUAAAAGAAGAAUGUGUCUCCCAUUUCUUUGUGUUUCAAACAUACCACAUCUCAUAGUCUUUUAUUACACAGCCAUAAGAUCUGAAAAGGUUGUAACACAGCAACAAGGUCAGGUGUAUGAACAAACAUGCUUUGACAAUGUAAGCACCUCACUGCAUUUUCUUUGCUAUUAGUACAAACAGGGAUUAUAGAAAGUCUUUUCUGAAGUAAUUCAUUAACACUCUCUGGAGCACUUUGACUUGUUUACCUGAACAUGAGGUCAGCGUUGUGUCAUGUUCUCUUUCUCAGCUCAGAUUUAAUGGAGCACUUAAGCUUUAGGAUGCUGUGCUGUUUUUUGUUAUUGCUGAAUCUCCUCUAAACAAAAACCUGAGGUCCUGAUUGAGCAAAUAUCACAUUUAUAGUCAUGGGAUCACUUUUAAUACCGCCUUAGUCUUCAUGAACGCUCUUUUAAAAAUGAUAAACCACUGGAAAUAAUCUGAGCUCUACUUUUCAACAAAACUCUUAGUAAUAUUGUUUUUUUUUAAGCCAUAAUAUUGCAUAUGGUCUACACAGAUUUUAAGAAAAUUUGAUCUAAAGCACCACCCCACUGAAUUUCACAGUGCUGGAUAAAGUAGGACAGUGGAUUUCUGGUUGAGUGGGGCAGCAGUUUCAUGCAUGAACACUCAUAGCAGGUAGUGGCUUAAAAUGCUACAAUACCAGCAGUUUUUCUAUUUGUUUUUAAUAAAAAGGUGUGUAGUACUAAGUAUAUAAAUAUGUGUCAAUAUAUAUGAACUAUUUCAGAUAUUUUGUAUUAUGUUUUUUCUGGCCCAUCAGUCCUCACCGCCAAAUUCAAGUGAAAUCUUAACUUUAAAAUGUAAACCAUGUAAGUAUUUCCAAGCUGCACAAGCAUUAGAAGCUACAGCAAGUCCAGAUAUUUUGCAGUCAUUUGGUGGCAUUAGGGCUCUUUGGGCUCUGUUUGACUUGCUCACCUUUUACCAUUAGAGACAAAUUGAUGACAAACACAGAUAAUACUGGUUAAGUGGAAAUCGUGUUUAGCUGAUUUCCCCUGCAAAACCUGUGCUUACUAUAAUAAUCACAUUGAAUUCACUAGCAAAGCAGCUGCUGAACUGUAUUCUAUUCUUAUCUAUAGAUUUUAAUGCACUAAUAUGCAGUACACCCAUGGAGGCUUUACACUUUGCACAGCUACUCUCUGAGGAUCAUUUAUAUUGUGUUUCAGUAUAGUUUUAAAAGCAUUCAGUUAAGUUGGGAUAAAUUAAAAAGCAGUUACUGGGAUAACUACUGCUUUGUUGCUCUAAAAGACCGACUAGUCAAACAGUGAUUAAACCUCAUAAGAGCUAUAUGAUUACAAUGUAGAACAGUAUAGUUUUUUAAAAUUAUUUUUCAAAUCUGCAGAUGAAACUGGUUCUCUUUAUAGCAGCCUCCUCAAAAUGAAACGUAGUUUUCAUAUGGUGGUUUUGCAUAUGUGUCAUGCUGAUGUCAAACAGAGGUGGGGUUUCCUGGAUAUUUAUAAAGCAAUGAAUAAACUACAGAUGUCUGUUCUGUUAAAAGUACCCCAAAGACUGUUAUCAUGAUGCAGAAUAAUAAGUUUAACCUGUACUUAUUCAUCCUGAUCUUAAACAACUGAACACCUUGACGGAUCGACUGCUGAUAACGCUGCUGAGAAAGAGGAGUGAAGGUGAGCAGUGACCAUGGGGGCUGUAUUAGACUCUGUCCUCACCACAGCUGGCCAGCUGCCAUGGCUGCUGCUGACCCUGUUUACAUGGUGGACAGUCUUGUGUUCUGCAGAUACAAAGCAGACAAGAUGGCCAUUAUAUUCCCAGAAACCAGUGCUUCUUGCGUGGAAUGCCCCAACACAGGAGUGCACGCCACGACAUGGUGUAACUUUGUCUUUGGACCAGUUUGACAUUGUCGCAACUCCCAAUGAGGGCUUUGUCCGACAGAAUCUCACUAUUUUCUAUAAGGAACGCCUUGGGUUGUAUCCCUAUUAUGAGCGUGGUGGUACUGCAGUGAAUGGAGGUCUUCCACAGCUUGCCAGUCUCAGUCAGCACUAUGAAAAGAUGCCUGAAGGUCUGGAGAAAUACAUAAGAGAGAGCAAUGCAAAAGGCUUGGCUGUUAUUGACUGGGAGGAGUGGCGUCCAUUGUGGAUCAGAAAUUGGUAUACUAAAGAUAUCUAUCGAAAUAAAUCUCGUGAAAUGGUAGCCAAAAAGAAUCAAAAUUGGACCCCAGAACAAGUGGGGAAAGUUGCACAACAAGAAUUUGAGCUGUCAGCUCGAAAAUUCAUGCUGGAAACUCUGAGACUUGCCAAGAAUCUGAGGCCCAAUCAGCUGUGGGGCUUCUACCUUUUCCCAGAUUGUUACAACCAUGACUACAGGAAUGGCCUGAAAAACUACACUGGCCGCUGUCCUGCUGUGGAAGUGGCCCGCAACGAUCAGCUUAACUGGUUGUGGAUGGAGUGUACGGCAUUUUUUCCGUCCAUCUACAUGGGUUCUGUACUACGCUCUACAAAGCAUGGACGCCUCUUUGUCCGAAACAGGGUGAAGGAGGCGAUGCGCCUGGCAUCUGUUGGAGAUGGAUUAGCACGUCCUGUUUUUGUUUAUACAAGACCUACGUACAUCAGUCAGAUGACCCUCCUAACUGAGACUGAUUUGGUCUCCACCAUUGGUGAGAGUGUCGCACUUGGAGCUGCAGGUGUGAUCUUCUGGGGUGACACCUCCUAUGCAGACAGCAGUGUCAGCUGCUCCACAGUAAAUCAGUAUCUUCUGGGACCGCUGGGCAGGUACCUGCUCAAUGUGUCCACUGCAGCAGAGCAGUGCAGCCAGGUGCUGUGUAAAUCCCACGGCCGCUGUCUUCGCCGAGCACCAGACAGUGAUGUGUACCUGCAUCUCAGCCCCUCAACACAUCAGAUAACUACUGAAAGUGGCAAGCUGAAGGUUACAGGAGUCCCUGGCCAAGCCGAGCUGGCUGUUUUCCGCACACACUUCCAGUGCCAGUGCUACAGUGGAUACAGGGGUGAUAGCUGUGCUCAAAAAGAAAAAGGGCAAAAUAGAGCUUCCUCUGUCUUUGGGGCCUGGCCUCUUUGCCUUUUACUCCCUCUUGGACUCCUCACCCUGCUCCACUGAGUAAACUGAGAAGCCCAAAAACUAUUCACUGUUUCUGCCAGCCCUGAAAAGGACAGUUCAGACUCUCUGACAUAAAGGCGGUAAGUUACCGUGCACUAGUGAUAGUGAUGCUUUGACAGCAGCAGGUUUUCAGGCCUGGAAUCAGAGAUGUCCCAGUUUUUAUCUCAGACCUCGAGCAACAAUAUUUGUGUAUGACAAGUUGCAGUGCGAGAUUUCCAACCUCAGGACUGCCUUCUGGAAAUAAAGUCUGUUCAUCAGUAUUUCAACUGUCACUAACUCUUAUCAAAUAAUGUCGAAUCUCACAAAUAUCUCCUGAAGAUGUCUUCUGUGCUAACCCUGACCUGAGAUACUGAAUCCAGCAGGAUUAUAAUUUAAUUGUGGGACUCUUUCUGUAGAGAAAAUGUUUUAUUUAUGUUUUGGUCACUGAAAUGGAACAAUAAGUGGAAGAAAGGUACAUUUGAUGCCCAGCUGCAUCCAUUACUGACAGUUUGUUGGUGCAUCUGCAUCUUCUUUAUACUGAUGUCCAAAUGUAGCGUUAUAGUUUGUAUUUGAUUUAGGAUCAAGCUGUUGAGUGUUAUAGCCUUGUGAAUAAAUUAUAAUACUAACAUAAUGCCAGAAGGUUCUAAAUGAUGUUAAAUGCAGUCUUAGAUCUUUUGGAUUAUUUUUUUGCUUAUAGAAACAACGUGGCUGGACCUGCCUGUUUCAGUUCAAAAUUGUGCCUUAACAGGGCUGCAAAGUGCUCUUUUUUAACUGUUGCCUUUGUUUACAAACUUUAAUUAUUAUUUUUGUGCAUCAUUUUCAGUAGUGUUCAUCUCACUGCUCUAUAUUGAUAUUACCUCCAUAAUGCCUCCCAGUUUUUUUAUUAUUAAAUAAAUUGUAUAUAAUAAAGUGUAGCCAGCACAUUAAAAACCAACAGAGAAGAUGUUAUUGUUUAAUUCUAAUGGUAUCCUUCAUUUUCCAUGGAUAUCACUGUGUCAAAAUGUUAAAUUAUAGAAAACAGGAAAUGAAACUUUUACAUUUUUUUUAGUUUUUAAUUGCCUUGAUAAUGCAGAUUGUCAAAACAUUUUAAAUGAACAAAUAUGCAGUCCAACUGUCCGUAGCUGGUUUACAUUUGUUCAAGAUAUGUUGGAAGUUUCAUUAACAACAAAAUGUAAGGGGGAUGUUUUGAAUACAUUUGUGUUAGAAAGAUUCAGUAUUUCCAGAAUAACAAAUCAAAUGCUUAGAAAUUCAAUACUGACUUGGCUUCCUACACAACAAUUAGAGCAGAUUUUUUUGUGUGUAGUUUAUUUGCUUGCACUGUAGCUUGUGUCGGGAUUCCUGCCGGUGACACUGUGUUGAUAGCUACUAGAGGUACAUGUUUAGUUUAUUGUCUAUGUAUUUGCUCGACUGAAGCUAGCUGAGCGGUUUCAUAUUUGUACAGCAGGUUCUUUAUUUAGUGACCAAAAAUGACACCAGUGGUGCUGUUUUUUACAAACUGAUAAACAGAAUGGCACAGCUAGUGCUGCCAUAGUAUCAUAAAUGCAUGUUGAAAACUAAAAUUCUGCACUUUACUCUUCUGUUGAGGUGGAUCUGGCAUCUGUUCCCUUCAUACAAAAGCCUAUAAAGCAUACUGUCACCGUGUUACAUUAGAAUACAGCAUUUUUUCCCAUGUAAUGUGUCAUAUUAGAGAUGUGUUCACUGUGAAUCUUGUCUAUAAAGAAGUGGGUGCUUCUGUGAUUGUCAUACCUCCCUUGGCUUUCAACCUCGGUUAUCUAAGGCUUUGUUUCCCAAUAUAUUUAAACAUACAUAUGUUUUACAGCACAGAAAUCACAGUGCAUUAAUCAGUUAUAACUGAAAAGCUUAUUUUCGUAUCAAAGGGAAAUCACACUGUAAACCAGUAAAUUCCAUAAAUCUUAUUAAACAGACUAAAACCUAGAAAGGUAGUCCUGCUCUUACUUAUUUGAUUAAUUUAAAAUAUCUUAAGUAUAAAAAAUCCUUAAGUAAUAUUCAAGAGUGUCUACAUACAUUUUUUUUCUCAGUCACUGUGAACAUGAGUCUUUUUUGGUUGUACAUGAGAUACUGAGAUGAGAUUAAUAUCACAACUUUAUUUCAGGAUGAAACCUCAGUUUAGCUAAACAAGUUUUACUUUUGUCCCACUUCACCCCUCUGUUGUAUCAGCUUCAUUUCAGUCAUAAUUAAACUCAUUAAGAAAUUUAGAAGCCUUAAAUUGCCAAAAUAUACAGUUUUUAUGGCUAACCAAAUUUGACUCAGAGUUGUGUAUUUAAGACUUUUCAUAAUUGCCUUUUACAUUGGAGAAUUUCAUCAUUAAAAACCUUUUUUAAA